AUGCCUGCUUUAAAAGAUCUUAGUGUAACAUUAGAUCCAAUCGAAAGUGGCAAAACAUCAAAAAAUCCGGCAUUAAAAAAAGCCAAAUGGCAUUUAGGUAUUCGUUCACAAAGUAAACCACAAGAUAUUAUGAAUGAAGUAUUUAAAGCUAUGAAAGAAUUGGGAAUGGAGUGGAAAUAUUCAAAUAAUAGUAUGUACAGUUUACGUGCUCGACGAAAAGUGCCAAAUAGUGAUCGAUAUGUAAAAUUGGGUCUUCAAUUAUAUCAAGUUGAUCAUCGUAGUUAUUUAUUAGAUUUUAGAAAUUUAAAUGUUAAUGAUCAAAUUAAUCAUAUUUUGAUUGAUCAAGAAAAUGAUAAAGGUAUGAAUCAUCAAAAUGUUCAAUGGGAUUUUGAAGGUGAAGAUGGUUGUACACCUAAAUUUGAAAAAUAUUCACCAGUUUCUCCGGUGACAAUUACACUUAAUAAUAAUCAACAUCAAAAUAGUGAUUCAUUAUUUGUUGAAGAUGGUAUAUUAGCCUCAUCGCCUCCUAUGAAUGCUGUUUCUGAAGUUAUGGAAUUUUUUGAAAUGGCUGCGAGUCUUAUUCGAACAUUGGCGCCUGACUCAGCGCCAAAACAACAACAACAACAAUUAACAACAGCUGCCUCUGCAGUAGCAGGAACGUAA